UCAGCCCUUGUUUUACCCCAAAGCAGGAUUUCCCAUUGGCAAACCUGGGCCCGAUGGAGGAGGAGGGCGCGGCGAGGAAGAGGAAGAUGUCCCAGGAGCCGCAGGCAGAAACUGAUCUGAGCACGGAGCCCGGGGAGGACAAAUCCCAGCAACAGAACCUCAUGGAAGAGGGCAUUUUGAGCUUCUCCACGGCGCAGCAAUCCAGUGAGGAGGAAAAGCCCCAGAGAUCCAGCAGAAGGACGGGCUGCAAACGCAAAUCUCGACCAUCUGAUGAGGAAAGAUCUACUCUGGGAUGGGGAGGUGGUGGGAUCUCAGAGCUGGAGGCCCCUGAGCAGCCUCAGGAUGAGGAGAAGCCCCACAAGUGCUCAAAAUGUGAGAAGAGCUUCAGGCAGAGAUCCGAACUGAUCCGCCACUGGAGAAUCCACACAGGGGAACGGCCUUAUGAGUGUGGGCAGUGUGGGAAGAGCUUCAGCCAGAGCUCCCACCUGAUCAGACACCAGAGGAUCCACACUGGGGAGAGGCCCUACGAGUGUGACCAAUGCAGGAAGAGGUUUCAGACCAGCUACAAUCUCCUCCUGCAUGAGCGGAUUCACACGGAUGAGAGGCCCUUCUGCUGCCCGGACUGCGGGAUGGGCUUCAAGCAAAACUCCCACCUCGUCACCCACCAGCACAUCCACACCGGGGAGAGGCCCUACGAGUGUCCCCAGUGUGGGAAGAGCUUCAGCUCGACCUCCCAAGUGAUCAGACACCAGAGGAAUCACACGGGGGAAAAACCCUACGAGUGUGGGGAGUGUGGGAAGGGCUUUAGCCUUAGGUCCGGCCUGAUCGUCCACCAAAGGAUCCACACUGGGGUGAGGCCCUACGAGUGUGACCAGUGCAAGAUGAGGUUUCCCACCAGCUCCAGUCUCCUCAUGCACCAGCGCAUUCACACGGAUGAGAGGCCCUUCCGCUGCCCCGACUGCGGGACGGGCUUCAAGCAAAACUCCCACCUCAUCACACACUGGUGCAUCCACACCGGGGAGAGGCCCUAUGAGUGUCCCCAGUGUGGGAAGGGCCGCUCCAAAAGCUCUGCCUUGACCCAACACCAACGGAGCCAGCACUGAGGGAACUCCUGUGAGUGCCCCGAGUGUGGGAAGAGCUUUGUGCGCUGCUCCAGCUCCAUCCCCCAUGGGAGGAUCCUCACUGGAUGAUCCCCAGUGACCCCUCUUGGCAGAGCCCCGGUGAUCUGUGGUGCCGAUGAUCUGUGUUGGGAAGACACCUGGCUUGGGGCUCUACAUCUUCCUUGCUCCGUAUGGCCCAGAUUUUCUUUUCAUUUCUUUUUAUCCUUUCAAAACACCCAAGAUCAGGGCAAAAAUAAAAGAUGUUGAACAAAGGCGUGGUUAGGGACAUUGGUGAUAUCUCCCAGGGUAUGUAGGAAUGCUGAGUGUGAGGGAGCUGAGGGUUCCUGGCAGGAACUUUGGGGUUGCUCAGGGAUUUGGGCUCCCCAGGCUGAAUGGCUCUGGCUUUGGCUUCCUGGGGGAAGUUCCAGGGCAGCUGAUCAAGGACACCCUGCCCCGGAACUAUCCGAAUGUCCCCUCAUCCCUGACGGUUCCUGACGUCCUCUGCCCAGUAGAUCCCUCACCGCAUGGUCACUCCCCUUUCCCCCUGCCCGUUCCCAUGUCACCACACUCCCGGUCCUGUUCUGGGCCAAUCCCAGUCCCGAUCCCAUUGCCAGUCUCAUUUGCAGUCCCUUUCCUGUAUUCUCCUUCUGACUAUUGUUCCUGUAAUUCCGGUCCCAUAUUCCCUGCCCUGUUCUUGUUAUCAUAUUCCUGGUCUCUCUGCCAGAUCCUCAUUUCCAUUGCUGUAUUCCCUGUC